AGACUUUCUAUUUCACCCAUCCCACUUAAAUGCUCUUCCUUUAUGUCUCUUUGUCUCCUCAAGUGUGUCCACUCUCUUCUUUAAACCCAACUAUAAUAACACCAUGGAUCAUCCUUAUUGAAUUCAAACCCACUUCACAAACAAUUAGAUUAAAUUUCCCAAAAAUUCAAUACCUAAAAUAAAAACCUCUUUAAUCUUCAUUCACUGUUUCAGUGCCACCCUAAAUUUUAGGCCAGGGUUCCAAUUUCCAAUCUUGCAAAACAUUGAAUUUGCAGACAUUAUAUUUAAUUUGAUUGAGUGUUAAAUACUUAAAAAUGGGAGUCGGAGGUAUUAAACAACCUUUACCUGAAUUUGGGUUGAUUAAUACAACCACAAUGAAUGGAAAUGUGAAUGUUAAUAUCAACAUUAAUGGUAAUGGCACUUUGAGUGAUCUUAAAGACCAGAAUUUGAUGAAGCUUCAAAAACACAACAUUUCUAGUUGGAGAUCUCAAAGAUCAAUUAUUUGUGGGAUUUUGUUAUUUGGUCUUGGGUUGAUUUCUUUGUUUACUGGACAUGUUGUUUCUGAUCUUGAGUACUACUCUUAUCAAUUGAUUAAACCUCAUUUGAUCACUAAAUGGGCUGCAAGCAAUCAUGAACCUAUAAAUAUAUGGAAAUCAAAAUAUACAGAUGUCUACUAUGGAUGCAGUAGAAGAGGCCGGCGUUUCCGUUCUGCUAUCCCCGAGCGAUUUUCCAAUGGAUUUUUGCUAAUUGCAACUAGUGGAGGGUUGAAUCAACAGCGAACAGGGAUAAUAGACGCUGUAGUUGUAGCUCGAAUACUUAAUGCUACUCUUGUUGUUCCGUCAUUGGAUCAUAAUUCUUAUUGGAGAGAUGAGAGCGACUUUGCGGACAUUUUUGACGUCGACUGGUUCAUAUCUUCUCUAGCAAAGGAUGUAAAAAUCGUAAAAAGAGUUCCUGAUAAAGUCAUGAGAUCCAUGGAAAAGCCUCCAUAUACUAUGCGCGUGCCUCGAAAAUCGACACCUGAGGAUUAUAUCGAGUUAGUCUUGCCAAUUCUUUUGAGACGGCGUGUUGUGCAGCUGUACAAAUUUGAUUACAGGUUGGCAAAUGACCUUGAACCCGAGCUUCAGAAGUUGCGUUGUCGAGUAAAUUAUCACGCGCUGAGAUUUACGAAACCAAUACAGGAACUUGGCUCGAGAGUUGUGAUGAAAAUGCGAGAUAUGGAUAAGCGAUAUAUUGCAGUUCAUUUGAGGUUUGAACCUGAUAUGCUUGCGUUUUCUGGGUGCUACUAUGGUGGCGGUGAAAAAGAAAUAACUGAGCUUCGUGAAAUCAGGAAAAGAUGGGACACAUUACCGGACUUGAGCCCACUUGAAGAGCGUAAAAGGGGUAAAUGCCCACUUACCCCCGAAGAAGUUGGCGUAUUGUUGCGUGCACUUGGCUUUAAAAAUGAUACUUACAUAUACGUGGCUUCUGGUGACAUUUAUGGUGGGGAGGCAACUCUACAACCUCUUAGAGAAAUUUUCCGCAACUUCUAUACAAAGGAGAUGCUUGCGUCGGAGGAGUUGAAAUCUUUGAUGCCCUUCUCUUCUCGUCUUGCUGCGAUUGACUACAUAGUAUCUGAUGAGAGUGAUGUAUUUGUCACCAAUAACAAUGGGAAUAUGGCUAAGAUUCUUGCAGGUCGCAGGAGAUAUAUGGGUCACAAGAGGACGAUUAAACCAAAUGCGAAAAAGUUGAGCGCUUUAUUCAUGUCAAGGGACACGAUGGAAUGGCGUACAUUUGCCAAGAAGGUGAAGUCAGCCCAAAGGGGCUUCAUGGGUGAACCAGAUGAAAUGAAGCCUGGAAGGGGUGAGUUCCAUGAAUUUCCUGCUGCUUGCAUUUGCAGGAGACGACUUAAGCAAUCUGGAUACAACACUAAGGAGGAACUUGAUGACAUUUCCGAGAGUGAGAGGUGGAAUAGAGUCGACAACAUGGAUGAAGGGCUUAUAUCUUCAAAAGACGAAGAAAAUGAUGAAUUUUUGGCGAGAUUGUGAUUGUGUCAAAACUUCCCUAAUGCACAAUCCCCAAAAGUAAUACUCCUAUCAGGAUUGAUUGAUUUCAUUUGAGUUAGAUUUUGAUCAAUGGAAUUCGAGCUAAAUGUAAAUAUCAGCUAGAAUACCGAAGCGAGCAGUUGUUGAUAAACGUUUUUCAGUAUACGUAGCUAGAGCUGAAAUUGCAUUGUUUGAGUGAUUAGAGCUAAUAUGUAUGAUCCUAGCAUUAGGAAUUGCCGUCUUUGGAUUGGUCAUAUGCUCAUGCCUAAUGCACAAAUGCAAAGGCACCUUUCAUAUCUAUUUCUUUAUUCAUGUUAGCAUUUUUUUUUAAUAUUCAGAAUAGGCUAGAGAAUCUUUGGGGAUAAGAGGAAGAAAUAAUUCAUCUUUUUUGUAGGUGGUCACUUGGCUAAUAUCUCAAGAUUCACUUCAUUCAUUUAAGCGUUGGUUCAUUAGGAAUAAAGAAAAAGUACUUGCUCAUUCAUUACCAUUUAUUUCAACAUUUUACUUGAUAUUUGUAAAUUACUUUCGCAUAUACUCGUAGAGACAACAAAAGUUAUCAUGCAAGUGAAAUUUGAAGAAUAGCAACGGUUAUAUGGCUAGCUUAUAUCCUGUUGUUUUAUUGUAACCAUAAACUAUGCUUUUUUUGCUUAUUUUACUUGUAAAGUUCGAUAAUUAUUCAUAUUUUGUUUUGUAUAUUUUUACUUGCAAAAG